AUGGGCAAUGAGCAUUCCAAAAACAAAGGACAUACCAACGAUAAGGUAUUGGUGAUAAAAGCCAAACUUUACAGCAUGCUUGUCUUUCUUUGAAUGUUGGAAUACAGGGGUAAGAAGGCUAGUUGUAGCAUUUUACACCCAAUAGAAGUGUUCAAGGGCGGAAUAGGCAUCUGGCAUUUCGGGCACAUGCCAGAUGGCCUGGUCAAUGUUUUGCCUAGUGGGCCUGUCUAACUUUUUUUUUAAAUUGCCCAAAAUUAUGAUGAUCUGGGUAAUAAUGGGCCGGUGUGGGGGUUUGGAGGAAAAAGUGGGCUGGUGUGGGGACCUUAAGGAAAAAAAAUGGGACAGUGUGUUAGAAAUGCCGGGGCCGAUUUCUGGUCCCAGUCCACCCCUGGAAGUGUUUACUGUCUAAUAAUAGCAGUUUCAAGAUACAGACAGUAAUAUAUUAGGGAUAUUACAAGUGCACAUACACUACUGUUCAAAAGUUUGGGGUCACUUAGAAAUGUCCUUGUUUUCGAAAGAAAAUCAAUUUUUUUGUCCAUUAAAAUAACAUCAAAAUUGAUCAGAAAUACAGUGUAGACAUUGUUAAUGUUGUAAAUGGCUAUUGUUGCUGGAAACGGCUGAUUUUUAAUGGAAUAUCUACAUAGGCGUACAGAGGCCCAUUAUCAGCAACCAUCAGUCCUGUGUUCCAAUGGCACAUUUUGUUUGCUAAUCCAAGUUUACCAUUUUAAAAGGCUAAUUGAUCAUUAGAAAACCCUUUUGCAAUUAUGUUAGCACAGCUGAAAACUGUUGUGCUGAUUAAAGAAGCAAUAAAACUGGCCUUCUUGAGACUAGUUGAGUAUCUGGAGCAUCAGCAAUUGUGGGUUUGAUUACAGGCAGAAAAUGGCCAGAAACAAAUAACUUUCUUCUGAAACUCGUCAGUCUAUUCUUGUUCUGAGAAAUGAAGGCUAUUCCAUGCGAGAAAUUGCCAAGAAACUGAAGAUCUCGUACAACGCUGUGUACUACUCCCUUCACAGAGCAGCCGUGUAGCUCAGUUGGUAGAGCAUGGCGCUUGCAAUGCUAGGGUUGUGGGUUCGAUUCCCACGGGGGGCCAGUAUGAAAAGAAAAAUAUGUAUGCACUAACUGUAAGUCGCUCUGGAUAAGAGCGUCUGCUAAAUGACUAAAAUGUAAACAGCGCCAACUGGCUCUAACCAGAAUAGAAAGAGGUGUGCGAGGCCCUGGUGCACAACUGAGCAAGAGGACAAAUACAUUAGAGUGUCUAGUUUGAGAAACAGGCGCCUCACAGGUCCUCAACUGGCAGCUUCAUUAAAUAGUACCAGCAAAACACCAGUCUCAACAGUGAAGAGGCGACUCCGGGAUGCUGACCUUCUAUGCAAAGAAAAAGCCAUAUCUCAGACUGCCCAUCUUAAUCUUUUAUUUUUAUUGGCCAGUCUGAGAUAUGGCUUUUUCUUUGCAACUCUGCCUAGCAACCCACAAAUGCUGAUGCUCCAGAUACUCAACUAGGCUCAAGAAGGCCAGUUUUAUUGCUUCUUUAAUCAGCACAACAGUUUUCAGCUGUGCUAACAUAAUUGCAAAAGGGUUUUCUAAUGAUCAAUUAGCCUUUUAAAAUGAUAAACUUGGAUUAGCAAACACAAUGUGCCAUUGGAAUACAGGACUGAUGGUUGCUGAUAAUGGGCCUCUGUACGCCUAUGUAGAUAUUCCAUUAAAAAUCAGCCGUUUCCAGCUACAAUAGCCAUUUACAACAUUAACAAUGUCUACACUGUAUUUCUGAUCAAUUUUGAUGUUAUUUUAAUGGACAAAAAAAUUGCUUUUCUUUCGAAAACAAGGACAUUUCUAAGUGACCCCAAACUUUUGAACGGUAGUGUACAUCUAAUACUAUAUAAUUGUAAUGGUCUGUACAAAAUUGAGUAAUGAUGAAAGUGAUGCGAUGAAGGUAAUGAAAGCAAUGAUGGCAAGAGAAACUGAUGUCAACUAUCUUUCUUCUUAUAGACCGAGCAGACUCUAGAGAAGCACCAGAAAGGAGGUUUGAAUAGCCAUGCUGUAAGCAUCUCAUCCGAUUGCCUGGAGAAUAAUGGUAAGUAUCCAGUACACAACGCCAUUAUCACAUCCACUAAUAUGUGGCUUUGAGUGGUUUGGUAGCCAUUUACGUAUGGGUGGUCCUCUGUAGCUCAAUUGGUAGAGCAUGGUGCUUGUAACGCCAGGGUAGUGGGUUGAUCCCCGGGACCACCCAUACAUAAAAAUGUAUGCACACAUGACUGUAAAUCGCUUUAGAUAAAAGGGUCUGCUAAAUGGCAUAUUAUAUUAUUAUAUAUCCUCACUAUGCACUCACUAACUGUAAGUCGCUCUGGAUAAGAGCGUCUGCUAAAUGACUAAAAUGUAAAUGUAAAAUCCUGUUGUCACCUGAUUGUUACCCCAUGAUCAAUACCCUAAACUUUGGGUCCAACUUGUUGCAACACCUCUGUCUAUAAUGAUAACGUAGUUAUUGAUUUACAGCUCCAAUGGGAUGAUAUGACAGUGACAGCAUGCCUUGUAAUCAAUCUUGAAUUGUUGGAUUAGUCUGGAUCAAUUUACAAGUCUCUCAUAAUUCUCUGUAAACACAGCAGUCUGUCAGUGCUACUGGGUGGUGUUCAAUGUUAACUAUAGGCGUAUCCUUCAACAUAGAGGAUGAACAGAUGUUUGAUCUGUCUAUGUGUAUAUUGUCUCACUAGAUCAACAGUCAGGUACAAGGAUUUUCAGGCCAAGUCCAUAUGUAUUUUCUCCAAGGGCGAUAUUAUUGAUAUUGGUCGUCAAGGGGCGGCAGCUAACCUCGAGGUUAGAGUGUUGGGCCAGUAACCGAAAGGUGCUGGUUCGAAUAUCGGAGCUGACAUUGUGAAAAAUCUGUCGUUGUGCCCUUGAGCAAGGCACUUAAACCUAAUUGUUCCACGGGCGCUGUACGAUGGUGACCCUGGCCGUGACCCCACUCCCUGCGGGUGUUUUAGGUGGAGUUGGGAUAUGCAAGCAACACAUUUCCAUUAAAUUAUUUAGCAGACGCUCUUAUCCAGAGCGACUUACAUGAGCAAUUAGGGUUAAGUGCCUUGCUUAAGGGCACAUCGACAGAUUUUUCACCUAGUCGGCUCAGGGAUUAGAACCAGCGACCUUUCGGUUACUGGCACAACGCUCUUACCCACUAAGCUACCUGCUACCUGCUGACACUUGUGUGUAACAGGACAAAUAUAAGAACCCCCCAAAUUAUUAUUUGAUAUCAGCAAGUGAGACACUAAAGCCACUGUUUCUAGAACAGGUUGUGUUUGUUUCACACGACUAGCCUAUAUGUCUCUAGUAGCAUAUUCGUUUUACAUACAGUGCAAGGGAAGGUUUUGCUUGCAUUGAACUUAAGGUAAUGACCUUAGCACUGUGUUGAUUAGUCAUAAGGGUAGUAUCAAUAGAAAACACAUUUGGUAAAGUUGCACACUAUUUACCACACACACUUCCAUUAUCUUCAAAAUUCUACAUUCCCAGACAUCAGAUAGAUCAUAGCCAGGUAUUACCAACCUGAUGCUUGUGUAUAAAUGAUGAAUCAUAGCAAAUAACUUUCUAUUUCCUGUCACACCAAGUAACCUAUCUCUUGCAGUUACCAGUGAAGCAGCUGUGGAGCAGAACAGUAAGCCUCCCUCACUGCCUCCCUCUGAAGAGACAGGUAUAGUGGAGGCAAACGGCAGUGGUCGUGCGCCUGUGGUGGUGGAACAGGAACCUGUCAUCAAGAAAGUUCUAGAAGCGGAACCAGAGACUGCUAAGACUGAAACCACACCGGCACCAAACCCCCAAAAGAAGGAGCCCAAGGAGAGUUCUAAAGAAAAAUUCAAGAAGAAAGCUAAGCCUCAACCCAUCCCCAACCCUGAUCCAGCCCUUGAAAAUGAGGAGCCCAUAAAGGAGAAAGCUGUGGAGGAGAGUAAGAGUUCCCCAGAAGUCCCUGUAACGGUGACCGAUGGGAUCCACGCUGUAAGUCUCUAAUCAGUAAUCCCUUCAAAUUGGCUUGGCAUAAGUUCCAUUUCAACUUUACUCAGUGUAGUGAUCAUUGAUUAAUGAUCAUCAACUCCUAACUUGAGAUGUUCACAUAUCUACGUCUAAAUUAUUUUGGUUAUUCCAAUGUAGUUAACUAAGGAUAUUGACACUGUAAUGUGAGUUGUACUUUGAAUUGGUAACAUUAAUUUACAGUAAUAUUGCAUCUGUUGUGAGAACAUCAACCAGUCAUUCUUCACUUUCCUGUGUUUAACAAAACACAUUACAAAUCUAACAAAAAUUCUUGUUGAUUCAAAGGAGACAAGCGAAGUCUUGAUGGCUGCACAUUUGUUUCCAAUGCAACUGGCAGUCAGAUUCUCAUUUCCGGAGGCAGAGCCUGAACUUUCAUCACUGCCGGAUUUUCUUACAGCAGACGGCAUUCAAAUCACUACUGAAAGCUCUGAAGAGCAGCCAGUAACCUCUGAAGAGCAGCCAGUAACCUCUGAAGAGCAGCCUACAGACGAUAGUGUCAGCCCACCUGAAGAGGAGACAACAGAACCGGUCUUUGGUGAAGAAGUCACAGAGGAUAGAACUCUGGAGAAGAGCCCUGUACCCAAAGAAGAGCUGGAAGAAAUUGCAGAUGUUCUUGAAAAUGAAGCUGCUAUAGACUCAGCAAUCGCUGCAGAACUAGAAGAGCUUAAAAAAAUGGCUGCUAUUCUUGAAGAUGUAGCUGAUAUAGAAUCAGAAGAACUUGAAUCUAGCCCCAGUGCUAAAGGGACAACUGAGAAAAACAAGAAGAACGAUGAAGGGAAAGAAACAAGCCACUCAUCAUCGAGGUUGCUUGGUCAGCUGCAAUCGGCAUGUAUGAAAAUCAUUAAAGAAUCAGUAUAUAGCCCUAUCAGUGUCAGUGCUGAGGUGUCUACAGAGGGCUGCGGCACUAUUAACAUUACACUUAAGGUCAGUCUGAGGCAGAGAGGAGAUUUGAAAUGCGAGGAUGAGACUGCCACUGAAACAGCAUUGGAUUUGGAGUAAUUCACAGCUGAGGAGCAGGAUCCUCCUCAAACUUCAAAGAAUCUAGAUUCUGUGAAUAAAUUAUUUGACACUGUGAAUACCUACGAAAGGAAACCAAUUGCAGUACUAGUAUUAUAAUUUUUUGGCUAAUCUGACAUGCUUAUAUGAUUGUAUGGUUUAUUAUACUGAACAAAAAUAUAAACGCAACAUGUAAAGUAUUGGUCCCAUGUUUCAUAAGCUGAAAUAAAAGAUCCCAGAAAUGUUCCAUACGCACAAAAAUCGUAUUUCUCUCAAAAGUUGUGCACAAAUUUGUUUACAUCCCUGUUAGUGAGCAUUUCUCAUUUGCCAAGAUAAUCCAUCCACCAGACAGGUGUGGCAUAUCAAGAAGCUGAUUAAACAGCAUGAUCAUUACACAGGUUCACCUUGUGCUGGGGACAAUAAAAGGCCACUCUAAAAUGUGCAGAUUUGUCACACAACACAAUGCCACAGAUGUCUCAAGUUUUGAGGGAGCGUGCAAUUGGCAUUCUGACUGCAGGAAUGUCCACCAGAGCUGUUGCCAGAGAACUGAAUGUUAAUUUAUCUACUAUAAGCCGCCUCCAACAAUGUUUUUGAGAAUUUGGCAGUACAUCCAACCGGCCUCUCAACCGCAGACCACGUGUAACCACGCCAGCCCAGGAUCUCCACAUCUGGCUUCUUCACCUGCGGGAUCGUCUGAGAUCAGCCACAGCUGAUGAAACUGUGGGUUUGCACAACCGAAGUAUUUCUGCACAAACUGUCAGAAACCGUCUCAGGGAAGCUCAUCUGCAUGCUCGUCGUCCUCCCCAGCAUUUCGUCGGCCUCCCCAGGGUCUUGACCUGACUGCAGUUCGGCGUUGUAUCCUACUUCAGUGGGAAAAUGCUCACCUUCGAUGGCCACUGGCACGCUGGAGAAGUGUGCUCUUCACUGAUUAAUCCUGGUUUCAACUAUUCCGGGCAGAUGGCAGACAGCGUGCCAUUCAUCUGCCACCAUCACCUCAUGUUUCAGCAUGAUAAUGCAUGGCCCCAUGUCACAAGGAGCUGAACACAAUUCCUGAAAGCUGCAAAUGUCCCAGUUCUUCCAUGGCCUGCAUACUCACCAGACAUGUAACCCAUUGAGCAUGUUUGGGAUGCUCUGGAACAACAACAUUCCACAGACCACAAUCAAUAGCCUGAUCAACUCUAUGCGAAGGAGAUGUGUGAGGCAAAUGAUGCCCACACCAGAUACUGACUGGUUUCCAAUCCAUACACAUACCUUUUUUUAAAGGUAUCUGUGACCAACAGAUGCAUAUCUAUUUUCCCAGUCAGAGGGCCUAAUUUAUUUAUUUCAAUUGACUGAUUUCCUUAUAUGUAACUCAGUAAAAUCUUUGAAGUUGUUGCAUGUUGCGUUUAUAGUUUUGUUGUGGUCAGUGUAUUUUAUCUUAGCUGUGAUCUUUGCAAUUAAAAUGUUAAAAAGUGUGGUUCAAAGUCUGGUUUAUUUUUUAAAUUGUGUUAGUGUUUUACAUGUACACAGCACAUUGUUCAUGUUACCUAGUGUUGAUAUUUCAGUGUAACAUUUCUAGUGUUGAUUCAGGUGUUAUUAAAUUAACUCUGUAAGUGUUAAAUUAACACUAAUUGGUGUAAAAUAACCCCUGUGUUGGUGUUAAUAACCAGUUUUAAGCAAUAAACUAUGCCCAUCAUUAUCAUAUUUCCCAGCAUUUUCUAUUGCAGGUUGAUUUGUUAAAUUGUUUGUUUCAAUAUCUAUGUUUUUGCAUGUACAUUGAUUGAUUAAUUAAUUUUAUGCUACUCAAAUAUAAAUAACAUACAUUUUUCCCUGUACAUGAAUCCCAUACAUGAAUCCCGAGCCGACAAGGUGAAAAAUCUGUUGAUGUGCCCUUGAGCAAGGCACUUAAUCCUAAUUGCACCUGUAAAUCGCUCUGGAUAAGAACGUCUGCUAAAUGACUAAAAUAUAAAUGUUAAAUAAAAAUAGUACAUUCUGGAUAUUCCCACUCUUGCUGGAUUCCAAUAGGAAUUACAUACAAUGUGACUUACUGCCCUGAAAACCUUGAGUUUAAUGUCACUGUAUUAGGGUCAAACUAGGCCCUCAAAAUAAGGCCUUAUUAAAUACUUGUUGUAUUGUGUUAAAGUAUUACAUUUUAAUGGUAAAAUAUUACAUUAGGAUCUCACUUGGUGAAGGCCACAGGACUGAAAAUUGAUUAAUGCAACAACCAUGCCUGUCACUAAAAAAUACAGUCAUGGGUGGUAGCUCUACAAUUCACUUGAAAGGCAAUGUACUUUGGGAAAUAUGCAUAUAAGGCUUUACACUAAGCAGUGUGUUAAUUUAAUACUGACAAGUGUGGACCCGUAUAUACACUGGACCAGUGUUAAAUGUAAUCCUGCCAGUGUUGAUUUAAAACUGGAAAAUUUGCUGUGUAUCUGCCCCUAUGUACAUAAACAUUCUCUCUGCUUCCACACGGCAAGCGGUACUGGAGCAUCAAGUCCGACACCAACAGUCUCCUGAACAGCUUUUAUCCCAAAGCCAUAAGACUGCUAAAUAGCUAACAAAAUGGCUUCAUGGACUAUCUGUAUUGACCCUUCUAUUUUAGUAUUGACCCUUCUACACACACUCACACUGACACUCCAACACACACACACACACACACACACACACACACACACACACACACACACACACACACACACACACACACACACACUGACUACACACUCACAUGCAAUCAUCAUAUAUGCUGCUGCUACUCUGUUUAUCAUAAAUCCUGAUGCGUAGUCACCUUACCCCUGUACAAAUCUAACCCUACCACUCCAGUAUCCCUGCACAUUGUAAAUAUGGUAUUGGCACUGACCCUGGAACUGACUCUGUAUAUAGCUUACUUACUUUCUUGUGUUCUUAUUUCUAUUUCUCGUAUGUUUUUGUUCUACUUGACUUUUUUAUUUUAUUUUUUAUAGUACUACCGCAUUGUUGGGAAAGAGCAAGUAAGGCAUUUCACUGUACUAGUGCACGUGACAAUAAAAAACUUGAAACUUGAAUUCAAAUUCAAUUAUUUUAAUUGAAUAUUUUACUAAUGUAUAGAUCAGUCUGGGGAGUUUAUGUAAAGAGGGUGGGAUGUGUUGACAUAUUAGAUAGUCAACUCAUGUUCCGGUUGAACAGAUAUUCUUGUUCAAUGACUGGAGCGAAGCCCAGAUGAUGAAGGAGCAUUGUUUCAUUUAAACUAAGUCAUAUUACUGUAAGGAAUAUUCAAUUAAAUGUAUAUAUUGUUGGAUAAUAAUGGAGGAUUUUCUUAGAAUAUCAUACCACAAAGCAAGAUAUUUGAGUUUGCUGACAUUUCUCAGAGCAAAGAGAGAGACUGAAGUCUCCAACAUUGCUGAAUAUCAAUGAGUGUGUGUGUGGGGUGGGGGGACAGGCUAUAAUAAAGGGUGAUUGUUGAUGGUGCACCAAGUAGGCAGAGGCAUGGUUGGAAUUGUGAUCCCAUCUCAAUGCUGAUCUAACAAACUCAUUGCUUGCAUAUCAGCUCCAGUGCUCCAACACAUUCACAUUUCUGAGGGAUAAUUCUCUGUGGUUGUCUAUAGGAGCCACUUGCUGAGGUAAAGGAGGAUACAGGAUACAGAGAAGUGAAGCCUCCCAACCCUAGUCCAGAGGCAGAGGAGGUCAAAGGCUCCGGAAUUGGCGAGGAAAGCAUUCACCUUGAGGAAAACCAAGAGGGUGAGAGUCAAACAGAAGAGAAUCCAGUUAUGAACUUCUUUAAAAAACUAGUAAGUCGAUUUUUUUUAUCGAAUUUGAUUUGUGUUGUUUACAGAAUUGAAGAGUUGUUUUAAUAGUAAGGCCAUAAGUGAAUAGAUAUGCACAAAAUAUUUGAUUGCCUAAUGGUUGUUUUAUAAUACAUUUAAAAGGAGUUGCCAAAAUAUUUCAAGCCUUUGUAAAAAUCUAUUGUGAAACCACUACAAAUACUAUUGAAUAACCAAAAAAAAAAAGGAAGAUUUGUAUAAUACUGUCAAAAUUCCAAAUAUGCUUCUGAAUAGCAAAACAUUUGGAAUAAUGCUUGAUUAUGGUACAAUAAUACUAAUCUUCUGUUGUGAAGUAGGGACCAAAGAAACUACAUUUACAUUUACAAACUAAAUGAUAAAACAGUGCAUGCUCCAUCAGUGAUGACAUUGUAUUUUAUACUGUAAAGUGCUGUCAGUGAUCUCGCUCAUUGUGUGUGAAAAAUAUGUGUAGAGUCAGCCUAAGGGCAAUGAGGGCGUCUCUAAGAAAGAGAGAUCACGUCUUGAAGGAAUGAUUACACAGGCAGCUAUUGUCUUUUCUCUUCAUCAUGCCUUCUUUUGGAAUCAUGCCACCAUAAAGAGUUAACAUAGCCCCAGCGCCAUGCUAAUCAAAUCCUUUGAACAUGCGGGAAUGUGGUGGUCUUUUGUUCAGCCUAUAGUGUGAGCUCACAAGGGAGGCCUGUGCCAUUGGAAGUUGAGAUGCGUGAAGAUAGAGCGAGGGAAGGCCUACGCCAUCUCCAGAGCACAAUGGCUGUCACAAUGAAAGAGCAUGUACUGUAUGUGCUUUGCCAGUGACCUCUUUGUGUGCCAUCAGUUAGACAACCAUAGACGUCAAUGGCUAUAUGACUAACUUAAAGACAUCUGUCUUAUGAAAACAGUAAUUUCACUGUUCCCUGUGACAGUAACACUCUUAUCAAAAUAAACAUGGUGAUAUUGCUGUUAUCUACUGUCUGCAUUGCAUUUCAUUUGAAAAAAGAAAUUAAACAUCAACAUACACUUAAAUGCUAGAUAUUUUCAUAGGAAACAAAGGGUAGUUCACAAUUUUGACUGACAUCUAAGAUUGUACACAGACACUCGUGACUCAAUAUAUAGUAUGUCUGUGUUUUACCAAGGUGACUCCUACCAAAAAGACCAAGCAAGAAACAGCCACCCCUGACGUUACAAAAUACCAAGUAAGCAUGUAUUUUUAUUUGAAACAUAAUACAUUAUGCAAAAGCACUGAAUCCCAUUUAAUACAGAUACAAUUAUGCACAGAUAUCCUAUAGUAUAGUAUUCUGUAUUCUAUGCUGAACAAAAACAAAAAAAUGCAACAAUUGAGUUACAGUUCACAUGAGGAAAUCAGUCAAUUGAAAUAAAUAAAUUAGGCCCUAAUCUAUGGAUUUUACAUUACUGGGAAUAUAGAUAUGCAUCUGUUGGUCUCAGGGCUCCCGAGUGGCCCAGCGGUCUAAGGCACUGCAUCUCAGUGCUAGAGGUGUCACAAAGACCCUGGUUUGAUUCCAGGCUGUAUCACAACCCGGCCAUGACUGGGAGUCCCAUAGGGCAGCGCACAAUUGGCCCAGCAUCGUCCGGGUUUGGCCGGGGUAGGCCGUCAUUGUAAAUAAGAAUUUGUUCUGACUUGCCUAGUUAAAUAAAGGCAAAAAAAUUAAAACGUUUAAAAAAUGAGCCUCACAAUGUUUUUUUGGGGUUGUGUGACAAUUUUUUGAUUGGCCUUUUAUUGUCCCCAGCACAAGAUGUACCUGUGUAAUGAUCAUGCUGUUUAAUCAGCUUCUUGAUAUGCCACACCUGUCAGGUGGAUGAAGUAUUUUGGCAAAGGAGAAAUGUUCACUAACAGGGAUGUAAACAAAUUUGUGCACAGAAUUUGAGAGAAAUAAGCUUUUUGUGCGUAUGGAACAUUUCUGGGAUCUUUUAUUUCAACUCAUGAAACAUGGGACCAACACUUUACAUGUUACGUUUAUAUUUUUGUUCAGUGUUUAUUUAAUGCUAUACAAUUAUGUUCCUUUGGUAAAGUAAUCUAAAAUAAUAAUGACAGCUUUUCUUGCCAAAGCCUUACUUUACCUUCAGUAGAAAGAAAACAUGUUUCUCACUGCUUACACCAACAAAGGUGAAAAAGUAACAAGUGAAACAUAUCUCACUCUUACCACUUAUCAUCUUCAUCCCUUUGGUAACAUGGGGCCUCAUUCAACAUUGCCGUCGUUAACAUCUACACUUGAAUCAUGUUUUGUUUCAGUUGCAACAUAUUAACCUACAGUGAGAGGUUUUUGGAUGACUUUGAUUGCAACUUUUAUUGAAUGCCGCAGAACCCCCCCCCCCCCCCAUAAAUUAAUCAUAUUGAAUCCCAAUUAUGUCAAAUACAGGCUGAGUUAAACAGGCCAAUGAUUCUUGAGCCUUUUUAAACGAGUAUUUAGUAGUGUCAGCAGUCUGCCAUAACUGGCAUCCAUCUUCUGCUGAAGGCCAUAGCUGAGAAGACAUGUGCAGGCCAAGGGGCGUCUUGCUCAGCUGUGGAGCCUGUUGCAAAUAAUCCUGGUUAAACCAGAACUAAAAUCUUGCAUAAUUUGUUCAGAUGUUCGAUUGUUUACGUAGUCUGUCCAUGAGAGAUUAGUUGCAAAAGAUGCCUCUUCAGGUCCUCUAAUCAAGCUGUUUAGACAGAAGGUUCAUGAUCUCUUAGCAGAACCAGAAUGGUGAUUAUUCUCCUUUUUACCAGCACUAACUAUUGUUUGUUAUUGUCACCAAACAGUCACAAAAAGAGGCCCAACCAACAGCAACAACUACGGUGAGUACUAAAUAAAUACAUAAAUCAUGUUUUGUGAGUUAUUAACUAGGUGUCAGUGAUCAACUAUUCCUAUUUUGCUUCCUUUUCAAUUGUACCUCUCCCUCGAAUAGGCUGCACAAGUAGCGGAUGCUCCAGCAGCAGCCAAAGGAGGAAUGUCAAUCCCACCACCCCCACCUCCAGCCCCGGCACCACCUAAGAUGGAGGUCAAAGCAGAACUAGCUGCCCAACCUGUGGCAAACACACCAAAAGAAGAACCAAAGGAUGCUGCCAAAGAACCAGAGGCAGCCAAGACAAAAUCUGACAGCCCGUUUAGCAAACUUUUCAGCAAAAAGGUAAGCCAAUACCUGCACUAUAAGGCACAAAUGUAUAACAUUCUGUAAAAGAGAAUAAUAUAAUGUAUAAAUGUCUGUGUCAGAUUGUAACAGUUUGAUGUGAAUUUGAGGCAUUGCCAGGCCUCAAGUCUAAAAUCAAGGUUAAUUCAACAAGUGGAGCCAGUGCCCCUGCCAAGCCUCCUGCAGCGGUAAAUGACAAUACAACAUUCAGCGAUUUUGAAACUAACAGAGUUAAGCUCAUUGUGACAUCAAUCAUUUCAUAUAACUGUAUUAAAAUCAUUGCAUCUUGUGGGUACACUAUCUACUAGCUACAUCAUACAGACUGAUGCCUUUUCUCUUGUGCAGACCAUCAAUACAGAGACCAAACAGAGCAGUCCCUCAGAGCAUUUAUGUAAAUGUAGAUCUAUCUCCAUACUUCCAGUAACAUAUUGUGACAUUUCAUGGAGUUUCAUUGCUGAUGUUUUUCUCAAUGUGGAAUCAACACACUUGAGAUAGCGCCGCAAUCAGUUGGACUGUGGCAUGGCUUGUGGAGAAUGGGCUUAGGUCUGAAUCCAUUCAUUCAUCAUCUGUGAGCAUUAAUAGCAUAAUAGUGUCCCACAACAUCAGAAAUCCAACAAAAUCUAAUUCAGUCAUUUGAGCCCAAAGAAACAACGUAUAUAACAGCAGACCAAAUACUGAUUUCCUUAUUUCAUACAGAAACUAAAUUUGACUCAGUUUUCCAUUCCGACUGUGUGUGUGCGAAUGCUUCUUUGUGCGCGAAUGCUUCUUUGUGUCUUUAAUUGUGUGGUGAACUGUGCUUCUUCACACCUACCUAUGCCUUGCCAUGUUGCCCAUACAGUAAAAAAGGCUAGAUAGUUCAGAUAAACAUCCUUCUGCUCUCCACAGCCAGUUGCUGAAGUACAGGUAGAAGUGGAGAACUCUCUUGGCAUACUCCAUCCACCCUGUGCUGUCUUUUUCUCUUUCUGUCGGGUUGCAUGGUCGAAUUGGGUAUUCACGCUAUCAGUUAUAAUUGGUCUCAUUCGUCUCAUCAAUAGGGUGGCCCUAAGGGGCAAAGUACAUCACAUCUCUUUCACAGUACCAGUUUUGUUUCCAGAUUAAAGCUUUUCAUCCCCCUCAUGUCUUUCUUAUCAGUUUGGUGGGUUCUUUUCUGGUUCUUCCAGGUGGCGGAUAUAUAUUUUUUGCCUUUAUACCCACCUUAAUCCUGAGAAGGGCUCAUAACUACGUUUUUCUCUUCUGCUGUUUUGAUAAAGAAGAUAGAUGCCUCAAAGACGGCUACUCUGGAGGCCUCUGCCAAACCAAAACCACCACCGGCACCUGCACCGGAAGAGGAGAAGAAACCGGCUGCAGCCAAAUCCUCCUUUUCUCUUUUCAAGCCCAAGGUAAGGCAGAUAUUUUACUUACAUCCCACUUUGGUUCUCAACGGGAACUACACAUGCAUGUUAUUUUGGAAAGACAGGAAAAUGUGCAAAUGUGAUAAACAAUAACGGAAUGGUGUGAAUUUGAGGACCUCCUAAACCAAAUGGCUUCAAAAGUCCAGACGGCUUCAACAAGUGGAGUCCGACUCCUCAAGAAACCUUUCAAAGGGGUAAAUGACCAUACCUGACAGCCAGUGUGAAAUUAACAAGAGUGAUCUCACUAAGUUCAGCUUAUGCUGGUACUACCAUAUUGAAAUAUCCUGUGCAAAUAAUGUACAUUAUUUGGUACAUCAAUUGAUAUCUGUUGCAUACACAUGAUCCAAAAACAGCUGGUUAGACUAGUGAUAGUUUUUCCAUUUAUAAUUUCCAUAAAUCAUAUCUUUACCAGCCAGAACAAUAUUCCCAUUAGUCUAGUCAUUAUUUCAUUGCAUCAAUUGUGCUCUUGUAUUGUGCUAGUCAAUGUAUUAAUGUGUGGGCUCAGCUUUACCUGGUGAGAGAAAGGAGGCAACGUCAUAAUACAGCUUUGGAUCCAGACAUGGCUUUACGAUGAACAUUUACAUGAUACAAAUUACACUCUGAAAUGUAUCUUUUGAUUAUUUGUCGUAAUUCAAUCAGGCUUCUAAACCCAAAAAGGAAGCCCCAGCCCCAGCCCCAGCCCUAGCUGCAGAAGCCGCAGCUGGCCCAAGUGUAGCCAAGGAAGAACCAAAGGCCCCAGAGAUCCCUGCUGUGGACAGCAAGCCAGCAUCAGGACCCUCAGAGGGUGGGGAGAAUUCCCCCGUCCUCCCUAAGAGGCUGGAGAAGAGGAACUCCAUCCACUUGUUCUUCAAAAACCUGGUAGGCUGAAUUGGCAAUUCUGCUCUUAAUCAAAUGUGCCACCACUAGACGGCCUCAGCAACUUACUAUGACUGUGAGCCAUUCUUUACAAUGACAUGUUGUUGAGAGAUAUCGCUUAUGGAAAAGUAAUGUGUGGAAAGCAACUGUAAGUUCUCAUAUAAAGUUCUAACGUUACAUUGAUAAGUUUUAAAAAAACGUUCCUUUCCUUGCAGGGGAAACGCCAGUCAGACGCAGGAGUACAAACAGAACCAGAGAAGACCAAAUAAAAAGGAAACACCCCUUAUUUGCCCCCCCAAAAUCAUUUGGAAAUGAACUUUUUAUUUGUUAGAUACAUAAUGUUUGGUCAUCUGAUCGCACUAUUGAAGAGAUGGUGGUAAGAGCGAGGUUCUUUGAGGGACAGAGGCUGUAGACUGGUCUGGUCUAGUCUUUGUGGAGGAUUUCAGAGAGUUGUUCUUUGUCAAGGAGGUCAAAUAUAUGUUUUGGUUGAAAGGCUUGAUAGGUAGAAAAACGUGUGGUUAGUGACUUGUACUGGGAGCAACAUCCAUUUUCUAUA